GUGCCCUCCCACUGUCAUGGCGACUCCCUGAAGCCGACCAGCCACAGGCCGGCGUGGAGUUGUCUGUGAAGCCCGGAGCAGGCGAGCGGCGGAGGCGAGAUGCAUUCGGACGAUGUUGUCUGGGACAGUCUUGGAAACAAACAAUUCUGCUCAUACAAAAUAAAGACAAAAACACACAACUUUUGCCGCAAUGAGUAUAACCUGACAGGUCUGUGCAACCGAUCAUCCUGUCCCCUGGCAAACAGCCAGUAUGCAACUAUCAAAGAGGAGAAAGGUCAGUGUUAUCUGUACAUGAAGACAAUAGAGCGGGCGGCUUUCCCCAAUCGACUCUGGGAGCGGGUCCGACUGAGCAAGAACUAUGAGAAAGCUUUGGAGGAGAUAGAUGAGAACCUCAUCUACUGGCCACGCUUCAUCCGGCACAAAUGCAAGCAGCGCUUCACCAAGAUCACACAGUAUCUGAUCCGCAUUCGGAAGCUGACGCUCAAGCGACAGAGGAAGAUUGUUCCUUUAAGCAAAAAGGUUGAAAGGCGAGAGAAAAGGAGAGAGGAAAAAGCCCUGAUUGCUGCUCAGCUGGACAAUGCCAUUGAGAAGGAGUUACUGGAGAGACUAAAGCAGGAAACGUACGGAGAUAUCUAUAACUUCCCCAUACAUGCCUUUGACAAGGCUCUGGAACAGCAGGAUGCAGAGAGCGAAGCGGAGUCUGACACGGAGGAGAAGGAGGAAGAGGAUGAAGAGGAGGAUGCUGACAAGCGGGAGUUUGUAGAGGUAGAUGAGAGCGACCUCAGUGACUUUGAGGACAUGGAUAAGCUGGCGACAAGCAGUGAGGAGGAGCAGGAUGACAAAUCCUCCAGCGAGGAAGAGGAGAGAGAGAUGGUGGAGAGAACCUGUCACUCCAAAUCCAAGGGCAAAACUCCUGUGAAAGGACCAGCCAGGAUAAAACGAGCCUACAUUGAAAUAGAGUAUGAACAGGAAACAGAACCUGCAUCCAAAUCUAAAGCAACUUGACGCCUUCGAAGGAGGAUAUAAACUUGAGCUGUGUGCUGGACAGUGGGACUGUAUAGCUGGAGGAGUACCUGACAGUGUGACUUUAGCAGGGGGCAUUUUGACUGGUGCAAAAUCAGAAAUUUAAAUAUUUUAAUGUAAUAAAAAACAAAAAAGCAGCUUCUGGCAAUUA